AUGCCCGCUGAAGAGAUCGUCAACUCCAGCGACACCGCUGCGAACGGGGACACCGCUACCCUUCCCGUCACGUCGACCUCGGCCUCUUCGUCCUCAGUAGGACACUCUGCGGAAAGAGUCACAUGGACCGACCCAGCUUUGACCAAGGCGUUCGGCUUGCCGGAGUUCGAGUCCAAGGUCUUUCCGUUCUUUUACCGGCACGCAGGGGAUUUUAAAGAGGACGAGUUGACGAUGACAGUGUUCGUCACGGAGAACAGGUUGGAUAGGCUCAGGGACUUGGUUGUGGGGUAUGAAGGCCCCGUCUCCGCAGUCCUCCACAUCCCUCCUCCUUCCCCGACCGCCUCCUCCAUAACCGACCUCACCCGGACCCUCCAAGCCCUCUCCGACCUCUACACCUCCACCUCCCACCCAGAGAUCUCUCAACGGCUCGACAUCCACCUAGUCUCUUCCCACUUCCCCCGUCAAUUGAACGCCUGGAGGAAUCUUGCCAGAGCAUACGCGAGGACGGGGUGGGUGAUGAUGUUAGAUGUAGACCUGAGCUUGCGGACGGACGUCAGAGGGGCCUUCAACGAGAUUUUGAGUGGAGGUGGGGAAGUUGGGGAGGAGAUGAAGAGGGGCAUGGGAGCGUUGGUCGUUCCCGCUUUCGAGUAUAACGAACCUGAGCGAGAGCCGGAGGAUUUCAACGAGUUUCCGGCUAGCAAGCAGGAACUGACCGAAGCUUGGAAAGACGGGACGAUCAUGUACUUUUACCAAUACAUCUCCGCCCGAGGCCAAGCACCUACGAACCACACGCGGUACUUCGAAAACGCCUCGCUCAAUCCCACUCCAGACCUGACGUCUACCUACCUGGUGGACGAGUGGAAACUAGGCUACGAGCCCUACCUGAUCUUCCGUAAAGACGGUCCACCGUGGUGCGACGAGAGGUUCAUUGGGUUCGGGCACAAUAAAGAAGCUUGUGCGGGGGAGAUGUUGUUGAGCGGGAUGAGGUUUCAUGUUCUGCGGGAGCACUUUAUCGUCCAUCGGAAACAUGAGAAGGAUGGGGCGGACAAUAAGAGGAACGAGGUGAGUUUUUAA